UUCUUCUCCAAAUCAAACCAGUUUGUCUAUCGUCUUAAAAUGGCCCAUAAGAUUAAGGCCAUCAGAGACAAGCUAGACGCCAUCAACGCCGAUAGGCAGAGGUUCCACUUGGAAGUACACCCUAUGGAGACACGAGUCGGCGGAGGUAGGGAUAACACUCAUUCUUUUGUACGUGCGGAAGCAAUUAUUGGUCGAGACGAUGAUAAGAAGGCUGUUAUCCAUCGUCUGCUGGACUCCAACGACGAAGACAAUGUUUCAAUCCUUCCAAUUGUUGCCAUCGGUGGAUUAGGAAAGACUACACUCGCUCAACUCAUUUUCAACGAUGACCAAAUCCAAAAGCAUUUUGAGCUUGAAAUGUGGGUGUGUGUCUCUGAUCCCUUCCACGUUAAAAAUAUUGUUGAAAAAAUCUUAGAAGCUGCAACAAAGAAUAAACCACAACCCGCUGAAAUGAAUACGUUGGUAAGUAAACUUAAAGAAGAAAUCGAUGGAAAGAAAUACUUGCUCGUGUUGGAUGACGUGUGGAAUGAGGAUCAUGGAAAAUGGUCUGAAUUGAAAGAAGUGCUGAUGGGUGGUGCAAGCGGCAGUAAAAUAUUAGUGACUACACGAAGUGAAAUCGUUGCAAGGAUUAGCGGGACAGUUCAAUCAUAUUCCUUAAGGGGUUUAGAGGAAGACGAUUCAUGGUCUUUAUUGAAGCAACUGGCAUUUGAGAAAGGAAAAGAGCCGGAGGAGACUUCAACCACGGCAGCAGUUGGGAAGGAGAUACUAAAAAAGUGUCAUGGUGUCCCGCUGGCCAUAAGGACAAUUGGAAGUUUACUACGCUUCAAAAAUUCAGAAGCUGAGUGGUCGUCUUUUAAGGAUAAUAAACUCUCAAAAAUACCUCAAAAUGCAACUGACAUCAUACCAACUCUGAAGUUGAGUUAUGAUCAUCUUCCUUCACAUUUGAAGCACUGUUUUGCUUAUUGCAGUUUGUUUCCAAAAGAUUACGAGUUUGAUAUAUCAAUACUGAUUCAGCUCUGGAUAGCACAAGGGUUUGUCAAGUCAUGUGAUGAUCAAAACCGAUGCUUGGAAGAGGUUGGUAAUGAGUAUUUAAAGGAUUUACUAUGGAGAUCAUUCUUUCAAGAAGCUGAAAUAGAUGACUUUGGUAACGUAAUUUAUUGCAAAAUGCAUGACCUCAUGCAUGAUCUUGCCAUAUCAGUGGCAGGAUCGUUGAUCACCACAUUAGAUGAUAAGAAGAGAAACCUUCAUGAGAAAACUCGUCAUGUAUCAGUUGUUGAUUACUACGAUAUUGAUGCUUCAUCAAUUACAACUUCAUUGCGUAAAGCAAGUAGCAUACGGACAUUUCUUUGUGAUGAUCCCACUUUCUUCAACAUCUCUGAUUGUGAAGCAUUUUUUUCAAGUUUCAAGUUCUUGCGUGUGUUGGAUCUGUCCAGUAGAAAUCUUGAUCUUCUGCCAAGCUCUAUUGGAAAGUUGAAGCAUUUAAGAUAUCUUGAUCUAUCUUUAAACCAGAAUCUCAAGAAACUACCCAAUACUAUAUCUAGGUUGCAGAAUUUGCAGACACUAAAACUCUCAUCUUGUCGAAAACUUGAAGAAUUGCCAAGCUCUAUUGUGGAGUUGAAGCAUUUAAGAUAUCUUGAUCUUUCUUGGAAUCAGAAUCUGAAGAAGCUACCCAAUUCUAUAACCAGGUUGCAGAAUUUGCAAACGCUAAAACUCUCAUAUUGUACAGAGCUUGAAGAAUUGCCGAGAGACAUGGAAGAAUUAGUCAAUCUCAAGCAUCUUGAGAUAGAUGCAUGUGAACGGUUGACUUAUAUGCCAAGUGGAUUGGGGCUACUCACUAAUCUCCAGACCUUAUCAGACUUUGUGGUCGACAAGGAUCCUUUCUCUCGACAUAGCAAUGGGUUAAAAGAACUGAAGGGACUAAAUAACCUUAGAGGACAAUUAGAUAUUAAAAAUAUGAGACAUGGGAAAGAAGGUGCGUCAGAAUGUAAGGAAGCAAAUUUAAAAGAGAAACAGCAUCUUCAUGCUUUGUAUUUACGGUGGAGUACUGAAGGAGAUGUCAAUGCUUCAGACAUUAAUGUUGAUGAUGAGAUGUUAUUGGAAGUCCUCCAACCGCAUCCACAUCUGAAAACGCUUUGUUUAGAACGCAAUUGGGGUUCAAGGCUUCCAAGUUGGCUUUUGUCACUCACAAAUCUUGUUACGUUUCAAUUAUAUGAGUGUACGAAAUGCCAAUACCUGCCACCAUUGAGUCAACUGCCUUCUCUCAAAUUUCUUGUUAUUUCCCAAAUGGAUGCUAUGGAGUACAUAUCAGACAAUAGUGACAACAAUGAGUUCUCUUCUUCUUUUUUCCCAUCUCUGAAGGAAAUCCAGUUCUAUGGUUGCCCUAAUCUCAAGGGGUGGUGGUGGAGGAGGAGGGAUUCUUCUAUGGAGGUCAAUAGUGAUAGUCAUAAUUCCAUUGAAAAUACAGAGCAUCCUUUACUCCCUUCCUUUCCUUGUCUCUCAAAAUUACGGAUCUCGGAUUGCCCUAUGUUGACAUCCAUGCCAACAUUUCCACAUCUUGAAGGAAGUUUGUUCCUAUUCAAGGCUAGUUGGAAGCCACUGCAACAUACAAUGAUGAUGAAUAUGGGAGCACCGCAAAGCUCAACGUCAACAGCAAAAGCCUCCUCUUCAUCCACUCCUCUCUCAAAAUUGAAGUCUAUAAUGUUGUAUUCCAUUGAGGAUCUAGAAACGCUGCCAGAGGAGUUGUUGAAGAAGCUCACUUCUCUCAGGUCUUUAACGAUAGGGAGAUGCAAUAGAUUAAAUUCUCUCUCCCCAGGUAUACAACAUCUCGCUGCCCUUCAAGACCUGAAUCUUCAUGGUUGUCCUGAGCUUGAGCUAGCCAAUGUUGAGGAUGAGAUGCAAUGGCAAGGUCUUAAGAGCCUCCUCUCUUUGAAGUUUUCAUGUCUUCCGAAAUUGGUGUCUAUCCCAUUAGGGCUUCAACAUGGGACCACUCUUCAAAAGCUCCUGAUUAAAGAUUGUGAAAACUUGACGGCUAUACCAGAGUGGAUCCACAACUGCACAUCACUUCAAGUGUUUGAAAUUGAUGGAUGCUCUAGUUUGACAUCACUGCCCGAAGGAAUGCAUAGCCUAACCUCUUUGCAGUGGCUGAAAAUUAAAAACUGUCCCAUCUUAUUGCAAAGAUGCAAGAGAGAAGCAGGUGAUGAUUGGCCCAAGAUUGCUCACAUCCCAAAGUUGGAACUACAACAUUCAAAUUCAAGUAUAGAAGUAGCAGAACCAGCUCAAGCAAAGAAGAAACAGAGGAUUUGGAGCAUAUUCAAAAAAUCUAGGGCGCUGAAUUCAUGAUUCUUCACAUAUCAGGAGAAACAAUUAGCUGCUAUUCUUGCUCUUCCCACCACCUCUCUGCUGUCAUCUCAAACAGAAGACAGUAAGUCAAAUCGUUCAUCAAGAUCUUUGCUCACCCUUGCACCAUGGUGUGCGAGUUGUACUGUGGAGGAUGUGGGUACUUAAAUAUCAGAAGUUUGAUCUUUUUUAGAAGAAAAAAAUAUACAUGUACAAUCUUUCUUUUAAGAGUAGAACUGAACAAAUGCGAAGAUGUUUGGUUGAAUUUGAAAUUAUAUUCAUUAUGUUUAGGUGAAGUUUUUAAAAGCACAAAGUGUAUCAUCAAAACAUGCGGAGGCAAUCAGGAACUAAUUGUUUAAGCAUUUCUUUCUUUAAGUAGCUGUUUGGUAUUCUUUAGAUUGAGUAGCUGUGAUGUAGGAAUUCAUGUAUUGGAGGAACAAUAUUGGCAGUAAUUCAUGAGAGAAUCUAUAAACGACUAUAAAAAGAUGUGGUGUUAGUUUGGUAAGUGGAUCUUGAAGUAAUUGGAUAGAAGGAUUCUUUGAGUUCAGUUUGGUUAGAGUGAAAUAUAGACAGU